CUGAGAGGGAGAGAGAUGACGCAGAAGGCGACGCAAUUCAAAGGGCAGCAGAAGAGGAAGACGAUUCCUCCGAACCGGCAUGGAAAAAGCGUUCAAACUCGCAAAGGCAAGCGAAACAUCAAGCCCUCCAAGUUCUCCAAGGACAUGGACUCUGACCGGGAGGUAACAAAGUUUAUAAACCACUGCAAUGAGGUGAAGGCAGCCACUGCUGCAAACAAAGAAGGUGGCCAACUAAGUAUUGUCAAAAAUCCUCCAGAGUCGGAGAGCGGUGGAAAGAAAUAGUAGUUUCCAAGCUUGCAAUGUUGUGGAUGUAGAGAAUAUACAUGUUCUGCAAAAAGAAAACUCUAACCUGGCACUGUUGAACAUCUUUUGUGCUGAUGUUGUCCUGUUAGAUUCGUUACUUUGUGUUUCCUUCUUCAGCUUCAGUGCAUUGAUUUCUUUGCAGCUUGUUAAAAAUUGUAGGCCUCAGUUUUGGGUAUGUGUUUCUGAACUAGUAUUAAUUAAAGAUUUGGUUUUGGCUCUUGA